AUUAAAAAAAUCAAAGUGGUCCACGCAUCAUUUUGAUUUUCAGAGAAAGUUUGGACAACCAUCACAAUAUGUUUCGUAUUGAGCAACUGUACCCGAUAUUAUGUCCAGUGACGUCAUCAUCAAUUAGGUUAUUAUGUUACUGUAGCAUCCUCCAUCAACGCGGAAGCUGCGUAUUAUUUUCUCCGAUUCCUCUCGGACCGAUGUGUUGCAUUGUAUCCGCCAUGGGCGCGCCAGUACCGGCGUACUGAUGGACAGAACCAGGCAGCCUUUUCAGCAUCAUCGAGUCUCCGCCAAUCAGCGGUCAGCUCCGGGCAGAUUAACCCGCAGAGCCCCGGUGAUGCUCCGUAUAGUAGAGCCACAAACAAGCCUGUCUGGCACAGCAGCAAAACGGGGACCUUUUGAUCAAAGCGGUGUUUUUUUUAUGCAUCGGUAACUGGAUGUAAAGGAGCAGGAGAUGGAGGCUGACUCGACUAAAGGAGACAGCACGGAUGCGAUAGUGAUGGAUGAUGGUUGUGCAGAAGAAAGGAGCAUCCAUGAUACCUAUCGCAGUGGAAUCCCGGCUGUGUCGCUAUGCCCACCCGAUACACCCAGCGUGUAUCCUGGCCAAGCCCAUUCGAGCGCCAUCCAAGCUGAGCGAGAGUUAUGUGAUAGCUGCAGCAGCCUCGAUGGACCCUCUUCCUCCACUCAGCUUUAUCACAAACUCCCCAGGGGUUCAGCACAACUCCAAAAAUGUCCCCACUGCAGUCCUUACAAUGCUCUCAAUCCAAACAAAUGCGGAGACCCAAACAACACGGUUGGCUCGAAUGCAGAGGGGGGUGAGCUGGUGAAAGUGGGACACAGCUGUGGUUCAGCCCAUCAGGCGUCUCGCCAGGAUGAAGCGGCGAGAUGUCACUGGCUGCAUGGGUCAAGAGGAGGCGACGCGCAGAAACGGAUGCAGAGACACGUGGUGACAGCCGGAGACGGAGGACUUCACUGCUUUGUGAGAAGUUACUCCCAGGUGCUGGUGGACUACCCACUAGAGAUUCUUGUGGGGUGUGGCUUACUGCUUCUUGGAUGUUCUCUGGCUGGCCUCUUCAUUGGUCCACUGCCAGACUUCUCUGAGCCUCUGCUGGGCUUUGAGCCACGAGGGACAAACAUCGGGAUUCGCCAGUCCAGCUUGUCCAAGCUGCAGGAGAACACCGGCCCAGGGAAAGCCUUGUCUCUGUUGCCGCAGCAGCUCACUAAAAGCAGUGCUUCUAACGAAGACGGCAUCCACAACACCUCAGGACUACGAUUAAAGAGGAUGUUAGCCAGAGACUCCACUUCAGAGUCAUUCCUAUGCGACGCCCCAGGCCAGCAUUUAGCCCAGCUGGUGUUUCGCUCAGAAAACUCAGCCAGCCUCUGGAGCCUGAAGGCCAUCCACGCCAUGUGCGAGAUGGAACAAUCUAGAAUACGCUCCCAGGCUCAGUUCCAGGAUGUGUGCCAGCAGCAUGUGAGAGCUGAGGCUGAAGCGGUGUCCAGAAGUGGCUGCUGUCCAAGCUGGUCUAUAGGAAAUUACUUAGCGGUCCUGACUAAUGCCUCCUGCUGCCUAAGCCUAACCUCACACCAGGUCUCCGAGGCUCUUAAUCUUCUCCGGAGGUGUGCUCCUUACUACCAUGAGGGACACCUAGUGGACGCCUGUUUUCAGAGACACAAAUAUGGCAGCUGUUCUUCUGUCCCAUCUCACUGCAAGCAAUCUCGCAUAGUUUUCCAAAUUCUGCACUUCCUGGUUGAUAAAGACUUCCUCAGCCCACAGACAGCGGAGUAUCAGAUCCCAACCCUCAAGUACAGUCUUCUAUUUCUACCGGUCGAUAAAGGGGAACGCAUGAUGGAGAUCUACAUGAGGAGCCUGAAGGGAAGAGAUCUAACAUACAAGAAUACAACGGUCACCGGCAUGGAUCUUGGAAUCAAGCAAGCACUGUUCAAGUAUUAUCUGGCAAGAGACUCGGUAUUCCCGGUCCUUGCAGUCAUUUCGCUUCUCUUCACAAUGGCGCUUUAUCUCCACUCUCUCUUCGUGGUGGCGUUAUCUGUGCUAGCAAUCGCAGGCUCCCUCCUCACUUCCUAUUUCCUCUACAAAGUAGCAUUUCGUUUGACUUUCUUCCCUUUGGUUAACCUCUCAGCAGCGCUUAUUCUCCUGGGAAGUUGCUCCAAUCAAGUUUUUAUCUUUGCCGACUUCUGGAAUCUGCAGUUGUCCCAGAAGCCCUCGACCUCCCUGGAGAAGAGAGUGCACAGGGUUUUGCAGGAAAUGGGCUAUUUGAUUCUAGCGUCAGGAUUGACUUCCAGUGCGGCUUUUUUCUCCGGUUAUCUCAGCAGCAUCACAGCUAUCAGAUGUUUCGCCGUUUAUCUCGGCACGGCCUCCUUGGUCAGCUCUCUUUUAGCGCUGGUGUGGCUGCCGUGCGCGUUCAUCCUGCGUGAGCGCUAUACAGCAUCCUCUGCAUCCGUACCGCUGCAGGAGUGGAAGCCCUGUUGCAGUAAAAACCCCCUCGGAUUCUGGGAUGCGAGCUCACGCAAGAGAUGCCUCUUCACAUUUGGGCAGAAGCUGAGAGAACUGAAACGAGGUCUUGCCGACACGUCUAAUUUAGUGUUCCUCAAAAUCCUGCCUUGUGGAGUGGUAAAGUUCCGCUACAUCUGGGUGUGCUGGUUCGCAGUGCUAGCUGCAGGUGGUACGUACAUGUCCUGCUUUGACCCGGGAAUGAAGCUCCCCACCCUUGACAGCACGGUCACACAGCUUUUCCGCUCCAGUCACCCAUUUGAAAGAUACGAUGCCGAAUAUCGUCACAUGUUUAUGUUUGAACGACAAACAAACGGAGAAGAUAGGCCCGUGACGUUGACGCUUGUUUGGGGAGUCAAACCGACUGACAACGGAAAUCACUUUAACCCAAAAAGCAAUGGUUCUUUGGUUCUAGAUCCAGACUUUACAAUGAGUCAACGUGAUGCUCAGGUCUGGUUGAGGGACCUGUGCGGACGGGUUCAAAACCAAAGUUUUUACUCUGCCCCAUCCCCUACGGACAAAGAGUCGAUGAUAGAUAAUGUCUGUCUUGUGGACCAGCUUAUCCAUUGGGUAUCUCUUAGAAGGUGCUCACAAAGCCAUGAUGCACUUCAUCUUUGCUGCAACGACAUCACCUUCCCGUUCCCCCCGAGCGUCUUUGAGAGCUGCCUGAGCAUGAUGCUGGCAGAGAAGUCCAACGAAGGCCAUAUGAGCAAAGUGGGCGGGCCUUACUUCCAUCCAGAUGGCCGCAUCGCCGCCUUGGUGCUGGCAUUCAAAACCACAUACAGCUACAGCUUCAACUUCAGCCAAACAAGCGUUUUCUACAGAGAAACCCUGGCGUGGUUCAACAAGGAAAUAUCAGGAGCACCAAAAGGGUUGGAGAAAGGUUGGUUCGUCAGCCAGCUGUCUCUUUUUGACCUUCAACAAGCCUUGAGCUCAGAGACAUUAGCAGUAGCUGGCACUUCCGUGUCGCUUACAUUUAUUUUGCUUCUCAUAACCACCUGGAAUAUUCCAUUAAGUCUUUACGGGACCGUAGCUGUGGGUGGUAGUGUCUUUGUUACCGUUGGACUACUGGUCCUCCUCGAGUGGCAGCUUAGUGGCAUUGAGGCUUUGUUCAUCUCAUCCGCAGCGGGGCUAUGUGUUGAUUUUGUGGCCAACUACUGUAUUUCUUACUGCUUUGCUCCUCAUUCAGAUCAAAUAGGAAAAGUAGCACACGCUACAAAGAGGAUGGGAUGUCCUGUAGCAAUCAUUUCUGGGGCUUUUUUCUGCACUGGGCUCAUUAUGUCGCCUUCGACUGUGUUGCUCUUCAGGAAAUUGGGGAUUUUCUUAUUUUUGGUUAAAUGUGUAGCAUGUGGAUUUGCAACUUUCUUUUUCCAGUCCCUGUGCUGCUUCUUUGGCCCUCAGAGGAACUGUGGCAGGAUUCCACUCCCCUGUAUGUCAGAUCCGUCUGGCGGGACGAUGUCAUCUUGCUCAGGGUCAGAAGAAGGCGCCUUGUCCACUAACGGUGCUUUUGACAGAGCCAGAUUGAGAAGGACUUAUGACAAAGAAGCAGGUGGUUACCUCUACUCCAAUCAGCAGAGGGGGAGACAGUUGGGAACAGGAGGCGGGGCCAGAGGGCCGGAACAGUACGAGCUGCAACCAUUGGCCUAUCGACUGAGUGACAGCUUUGAGAACAGCACCUGCACCAGUAAACUGUCCAACAGGCCUUCUGUGCUGUCUGAUGAGAUCGAGUACUGCGGGAGCGAUGCGGCCUCGGCGGGGGAAGGUGGGCAGAUGUGCCAAGCACCUGUAGCUCUGCAGACUUCUUCUCCAUACAAAGAGAACCCGAGACGAUCUGUAGAUCUUGCAAAGGAUGACAUGACUCUCGGCAAGAAGUUGUGUAAAUCUUGUCAGGAUCCUUCCAGCACGCUGCAACACUGGACCAAUAAAACAUUCUCCUCGUCUUCUAGCAUGGAUGAGACCAUAAUAAGCCACACCCUUGAGACCACCGACCAGACGUGUCUGUGCACAGAUGAGCAAACCACAGAUGAGAGACUCCUUCAGGCCUCCUCUCGGUCCAUUAGCUCCUGUGAGUUCCUGGAUGAUUCCAAUGAAACGUGUUUGAGCGACAUUGAAGCAGGGCCUUCAAACGCCCAGAGUGAUGGAGAAGCUCAGUUACAACCGGGACACCUGAAUGGAAAAAGAGACACAUUGCGUCUCUCACUCCGGGAGACCGUUUAUGAAACGUGUGGGAAAGGUCGCAGCAGUCAGACUGGGGACAUUGUCAUUUUACCCAACAGCAAGCCGGACUUACCAGACAUUUGGAUUAAAAGAGAUGGACGAGAAGACACGCUAUAAGCAGUUUUAUCGUAAUAUCUUUCACAUGGACAUUAGCCUAACAUAUUUGCAUUACAAGCAUUGACUUCAAUAGGACAGUUUUCUGUCCUAACGACAUUGCACAUAAACAAAUGUGCAACCACAGUCUUUGUUUACACUUAAUAUCAAGAUUAUGCAAUAGUUUUACUUUAAAGUGAAUUAAUUUAAUAGCUGCUUCUUUAUUUUCCACUAAUCUCUGAAACACAGAGAAAAGGAUUCUUUAAGGUGUGAGGUGCCAGAAAAAUAAUUAUUUUUAAAGCUAACUUCUGUUAUAUAUCAAUGCAAAAUGAACCCAUUUUACUUCUCACACUGAGACUAAAUAAGACUACUGAAGUUCAGUUUUUUGGAGAGUUUCAUUUUUGAGUAAUUAUUGUUAAAAGUCUGUUUUUUUUUACCUUAUAAUUAAACUAAAGGCUGAGGUCCAGCGGCACCCACCCUAUUGCAAAACUUGCUUGGGUUCAUCCACAUCACGUGGUGGACGUUUGAUCAUGUUUGGGGGCGUGAGUAUCACGCCUGUAGAUGGCGCCCGAUUUGGCGAGCCUUGAGAAUUAGUAAAUGCAUUUUUUCCCUUUCCCCCUCCCCGGCACCCCCUGGAGAAUGUCACCCAAUUGGACAUAUGGCCCACAUCGAGAACCGCUACUGCCCCUUGCAACCUUUAAUGGACUACUCUGACCUCAAUUUGACUUCUUGGUUCAAACUAAAUACAAAGAAGUGAAUCAAUGAAAGGGAAAUGUAAGACCAGAAAUCCACUGUUAUUAAACAACAUACAUUUUAUGUGCUAAAUAUUGUAUUGUAAAUGUCAGCUAUGAGGAUGGUUGUUAUGGCAAAUGUGUGACACACAAUGUCGCUUACACUUUGUCAGCAGAGGAUGCAGUUGGCCAACAAACAUUCAGAUUUCAAGAAAAGGGCCCUCCGAAAUACACAAGUACAAAUACAACGCAUCCACUAUAUUUUGCGUUAUUUGUUUUAUGUAGCCAUUAAGGAAGCCAGAAGCCAGUUAACUGUGUAUCAUGACUUGUGAAAACUGAAUAGUUUAUUCUCGUGUCCGUGACCAAAUUAUUACAUUGGCUGUAAAGGCAAAUGAGUGUAAAGCAAAUUAAGUAUGUGUGUGUGUGUCUGUGUAGAUCAAAGUGUGCUUUAAUGAAACGAGUAAUUGUUUACUUUGUUGAAAAACAGAAAACUAUCUUUUGAACAGAAAGCUUUUAUCCAGACUCAAUCUCAGUGUCUCGUCAUUGCCAUGUAAAACAAUCUUGAACAAAAAUGUGCCAAAUGUCUAUUGACUGCAGAAACACCUGUUUUGUGUGUCGUGUGUUUGUGUGCUAAAAAGGUGACAUAGAAAUGUUCAUCUUGCUUAUGAAGUGUACCUUUUCUCAUUAUACAGAAGCAACAAGGCUCCACAAUAAAUGGAUAGUCUGCCUUAGAAAGGAGUCAUUUAUUCCAGACUUCCCAGAAGAAAAAUGAGGGAAUUUCCAAGGUUAUUUCCAAACCGCUGAUAAUGAAAUAUUUUCUUGCAUAAUGGGAAUUAUUGGCUUUUUGUAAAGGGACUCAACACAUAUGAAACUAAAAUCAUAUACAGUAGAAAACAAAUGACCAGAUAUCGCCACUGUGGAUGAUAACCUCUCUGAUUCUCAGACUUGGAAAACAUGAUGGAAACAUGAUUUAAAAAAACAUGGUUUUAAAGUGUUUUAAUACAAAGAAGGAUUCUCAACACCAGAUAACCAAGUCGACCUUCAAUAAUGAGAAAAUUAUUUCAUUAAAGGGACAGGCUAUUCCCACACCCAAGUCCGACUGGUGUAUGCUGUUCAAAUCAUGCUAUUCCUAAUGUCAAAUAAAAAUGUAAGUAUCCAUUCAUUAUAGGAACAAAUUAUACCAUUAAAUAUAUGUUCCUGCCAAACAUUGGCCCCA